AUGUGUGGACAGAACACUGAACCCUGUGGUACUCCAGUGGAGGAGGAUAUACAAGGGAAGCUGUGGUACCACGGUAGGCUUACGCGCGAGCUGGCGGAGCCGCUGCUGUGUGCAGACGGCGACUUCCUGGUGAGGGAGUCGUCCGUCAAGAACACACCCCGACUCACUCUGUCCGUGCGGUGGCAGCGGGACGUCAAGCACAUCAUACUGCUGCGCAGCCACGAGGGCUGGUACUGCAGGCCGGGAGUUUUCUUCGGCAGCGUGGAGCAGCUGGUGUCGGGUUACCAGAGGUCUGGGCAGCUGUUGCUGGAGGGCUGGGGCGGGCGUCUCGUGAGGCCCGUGCAGAACGUCACCUGCGACCUCACCAGCCAGGACGUCACCCUCAUCAAGAGGAUCGGCGAGGGCUACUUUGGGGAGGUGUUCCUAGGGCUGCUGAGGAGUUCUGGGGAGAAGGUGGCGGUCAAGAUGUCCAAGGUGGACCUGCCCGACGAGCGGCGGCGUGACAUCAUAGACGAGGGCCAACUGCUCCACCGCUACAGACACCGCCACGUCGUCGGCUUCGUCGGCAUGUGCCUCUACCACAGCACCAUCAUGGUCGUCAUGGAGUUUGUCCCAGGUGGUUCGCUGCUUCAGCACCUGAGGGAGCACCGGCUGACGCUGUCCACAGAAGAGCUGACGGCCAUGUGCCGUGACGCGGCUGAGGGGAUGGCCUACCUGGAGGCUAUGAAGUGUGUGCACCGCGACCUGGCCGCCCGCAACUGUCUACUGGGAGAGAACAACCUGGUGAAGAUAUCGGACUUUGGCAUGUCCCGCGAGGUGGAGGACUACUACAUGGCCCACAACCUUCGCCAGGUGCCGGUCAGGUGGACGGCUCCUGAGGCCCUCCUGAUGGGCAAGUACUCAUGGAUGAGCGACGUGUGGAGUUUCGGCGUGCUGAUGUGGGAGGUGUUCUCGCGCGGAGCCAACCCCUACACGGGCUUCAGCAACCAGGAAGUGCGGGAAAAAGUAGAGAACGGACUGAAGGGCCGCUGA